AGUUGGUCCCAGAACAAGCUGGAGGAACAGGAGCCGGGCCACAGCUAGUGCCAUUCUUCCUGCUGGUAGAGCAACCCCAGCCCUCCAUUCUGACUGCCCCCCUAGAAGAGAUGACACCAACCAAAGCAGGACUCUGCCCUCUGCUGCUGCUUCUGCUGCUGGGCCUGUGGGUGGCCGAGGUCCCAGUCAGUGCCAAGCCCAAAACCAUGACCUCAGCUCAGUGGUUUGAAACUCAGCAUGUGCAGCCCCGCCCCGAGGGAUGCAAAAGGGCGAUGGGCAACAUCAACAAGCACACAAAACACUGCAAAGCCCUCAACACUUUCCUGCAUGAAUCCUUCUCCACUGUGGCUGCCACCUGUCAGACCCCCAGCAUAGCCUGCGGGAACAGCCAGAAAAACUGCCACCAGAGCAAAGGGACUGUGUCUCUGACCACGUGUGCGCUCACCUCCGGGAAGUACCCAGUCUGCAGGUACAAAGAGAAGAAACUGCGCGCUUCUUACAUCGUGGCCUGUGACCCACCUCAGAAAGGGGACUCUGGAAAAUUCCACCUGGUUCCUGUGCACUUGGAUAAAGUCCUUUAGGUUUCCAGCCUUCCUCACUCUUGGGCUGUGCUUUCAUUUUCUCUACAGGCCUCUGCACUACUCCUUCUAUGUCCAAAAGUUUCUCUUCCCUUCAUCUCUUGGAGCCCUUCCUAGCUCAGCUUUUUCUGAGAGGCUGAGGGGGAGCUGAGGUCAAUACCUCAGUGAGCUAAACUCCAGAAGAGAUGGUCUUUCAUCUCUUUAUUGUUGUUUUCCCUGAAACUUAUUCCUGAGAGAGGGGCUAAGCAAGCUCAGGAGUGAGGGGAUUCCCUGGUUUUUGCCUUGUACACCUUUCCCCUGCCCCAUCUUAUGCAUGUUCUGGCAGCAUGACAAGAGGAGGAAAUAGAUGUAAAGGCUGUAUGGGGUUUAUGGACAGAGCUGUUCCUGUUCCUAAACUAGAAACCUUCCCCAGCUCUGACGUGGUCGUGAGGUGGCCUCUGUGCAGAGAGGCAGCGGAAAGAAAGAAGACAAAGAAGUGCCGCUUCAUAUUUAUAUAGCAUUUCAUGGCGUAGCCACCUGAGUCCCUUGUGAGAUAGGCUUGAUGACUACUGUAAGGAUGAGGAAAUUGAGAUUUCAGAAAGCUUAAUUAAUUCAAGAGCUUGUGAAAUUGGUUGUAGAAGUGGCCUGGACUUGAGCCUAAGUCUCCUCACUCUACAUAGAGUUGCACUCUCUACUUUACCAUUGGGCAAAUAAUGAGAGAACUUUGCAUGGACAAGAGGAAAACUAGGUAAGAGUUCACCCAUGAAGAAAUGUACUGUGAGAGUGCUAAAAGCCAGUUGCCCUGUGUUGACUGAAAUAAAGGUCAUCACCUCUCUAGCCAAGAGACUGUUUACAAGGUGCUUCAGGGAUCUUAAUUCAUUAUCCCUCUCUCUGCCUCUCUAACUGCCCUCCCCCUUCUCCAGCCCACUGCUUUCUGACCUGUGCGUGGACCUGGCUCUGGCUAGAUCCCCUUGGCCUGAAGGCAUCGGUAAGAGGAGUGUCCCAGCAUCAUCCCCUUGCUCCAGGUCACAUUUCCCUUGACCUCAAGAGACUUCCGUGGCCCAGAGCCUGCUUGUCACAAACAGGCUGAUUGGAGCUGCCAGAGCUUCCUUCCUUCUGAUAAUCAUCUCUCCUGCCUCGGUGCUUCCCUGGCUCUCCACUCUGGCAGUUUUCCCAGGCAGUUGGGGUUGAGAUGUGGAAAUGCCACCUCCCUACCCCCUUGAGCUGCAGAUAUCAUUUCUCCCUCCCUAGGGAGCAGAGCUGGAGAAGCUAUGGCUUUCUGUUGCCUCAGUCCUGACAGCCCCUCCCUCAUUGCCUGCAGCUCUGACCAUCACCAGCCCCUUAUCUCUUCCUUUAUCUCAGUCUCGGACAAACUACACCACACCCCACACCAUCCUGCCUGCCCUCCUUCAGCACCCAGCUAAGCUGUUAGACCUCCCCUUCCCAACUGGGGAGUCUACUCCCUACCUAUCACUCCUAACAAUUCUAGUGCUCCUUUACUUCUUAUCAGAGUCAGAAGAAGCUUUGGAGCCAGAUAGAAUUGGGUGUAAAUCCUGACUCCACCUGGAGCCAACUACUGAAUCUCUCUGCAGCUGUGUCUCCAUAUAGCAAAAUGGGAGUGAUACCUCCUACUGAACAGGAUUGUGGGGAAAUUUAGAAAUGACAUUUAUGAAACCUCAGUCAGCCCCAGGCACUGGUAGGCAUGCAAUAAUGGUAACUAGUAAUAGCAGUGAUAGUAGAAAUAGAAAUAUCCCUGUCCAGUCAUAUCCACCUUUGGCAAACACUCGGACCAAGACUAAUAUCCCACUCAAUUCUCCUUAAGGGCUUUCUUGUGCUGGUACGAUGUCCAUGAGUCAGCUAGAAGACAAGUCUGCAGGCAGAGUCAUAUUAGGUGGGCUGGGUGGUUUGAGACAAUGAGGAGAGAAGGGAGUUAAGGGGAUGAUCAGAAGAACGGAGAACAGAACAUCGAACAAUUCAAGCACAGUGUGGUGCCAAUAAGUUGGUGAGUCUUGAAAGUAGAGAUGCACUAAAUACAUCACAGAGGCUCUGAAAAAGAGGUAUACGAGAUAUACGUUGCGGCCAAAUGGCUGAGUAUAAAAUUUAUACAACCUGUUGUCACUAUGCUAUACCUUUAUCAUUCUAAAUAGAUUUUCAGCUGAGGUACAACAAACUUGGGCAUAGCUGUAUUCUUUUUUUAGUCUUGGUAUAUUUUUUAUUGAUGCUUUUCCUUAUGGAUAUUAUGGUUUUGAAGACAUCGCCUCACAAAAUUUCGAAGUGGUUAAAAUUAUGCCUUUAAUGCAUUCUCUUAAAAUGAGAAGAAUUUCCAAAUAACGACUUCUUCUUGAAAGACUACUGACCUAAAUAGUAUUAAAUAACUAAACAUUAAACAUAAUUGAAAAGUAAUCUGUGGGGACAGGUAAAAAUCACCUUGGGGGGUACUAACUGGAAAGGGGUAAGAGAGAUAAGCUGGACAUGUUUUUUCUUGGUCCAGAUAUCUUUACUUUGUGAAAACUCAUUGAGCUGUACACUCAAGAUUUGUGUACUCACUGUAUGCAAAUUUAUCUCAAUUUAAAAAUCCUCCUGAAAACUAUAGUUCUUAAGGAUUAUUUUAUUUAACAUGAUAAAUGCUAAUAUACCAAUCAAUUCUACAAAGAUUAUGAUAUAAUGAAAUCACAGAUAGAAUUAUGAUAUGAUCUAAUUUUAUUGUUUUGCCUUAUACGAGUUGUUAAAUUAAAUAGUACUUGUACUAUUUAUUGGACUGUUAUAAAUACUUUUUGGCUCAAAAAGCAUAUAAAGUUCUUCCUAAAGUUAUCCAGCUAAUACACUCUCUAUCUAUAUUAACUGUCAACUAAUUUUCCUAUUUUUUAACUGUGAAAAUUCUUCAUAAUUGUUUUGUGUAUAGUAUAAGCUUUCAUAGCCAUUAAUUAUUAUAGCAUUUUCCUUAAAAUAAUAAACAUAUAUUUAUACUCCCACUGACUGAUAGAAUUUCAACAUUUAAAAAAGUUCAUAAGGAAAAUUCCACUCCAAGUUUCAUCUAGAAUGCUUACCACUGUU